AUGGCCGCUAUGGAUGAGAGAGCGAGCGGAGAUGUUCACAUCGCCAAGCACCGUGAUGGCGUCAUGUGGGCGCAUAUCGUCGUGGUGUACAUGCUGGAUUGCCUACUCGUAGCGAUACUGGCCAUGUCUUACCCAACUAUUCGCGCCAAGAUGCACAAUGCCUUUGAGGCUGUUCAUCGAUUUGCCGGUUGGUCUACUCUUGCCCUCUUAUGGUGCAUGACAAUUCUGGAAGCAAAACUCAAUACUGCCCCUGGCCAAUCCCUUGCCGCUUCGGUAUUUGGCAGCGCCAAUAUCUGGCUUGUCUUCAUUUCAACUUGCUGCGUUGUUUCUACAUGGCUCAACUGCCGAAAGGUAGAGGUCCAGUCAGAACGACUCUCAUCACACGCUCUUCGGAUGUACUUUGACUACACCAACCCUCAACCUGGAACAACUAUUCGACUAUCAUCGCGGCCUUUGAUGGAGUGGCACGCAUUCGCAACCGUCAACAACCCGAAGGAACACGGGUUUUCGCUUGUCAUUUCCAACGCUGGCGAUUGGACCAAAAAGCUCAUCAAUGAUCCUCCCCGACAUGUCUAUGUCCGACGUACACCAACAUGCGGUGUCUUGCGUAUUGCUCCCAUGUUCAAGAGCAUCGUCCUGGUAGCUACAGGCUCGGGUAUUGCGCCUUGUCUUCCGGUCAUCCUAGCGAAACAGACCAGGGUGACUCUAUUCUGGUCAACUAGGGACCCAUUCAAAACCUACGGACCAAAUAUCGCUUCUAUCAUCGAGGAGAUGGGUGAUGACGCACACAUCCACAACACUUCAACAAUGGGAAGACCGAAUACUCUCCCUACAGUCCUUGAUCUUUACAAAAAGACGGAGAGUGAGGCUGUAAUUGUAAUCUCGAAUCCGAAGCUCACAAUAGAUCUUGUCUUGGAUUUGCAGGCUUUGGGUGUGCCGGCAUUUGGACCAAUUUGGGAUUCUUAG